CGGCCACGCCACCCUCUGACCCCUCGGGCGGAGGCUGCAGCGUGGUGUGGUAAGCUUCUGGGCACACCCCCCAUACACACAGCCUUAGCCUCUGAAAUUUAUGGAUAUGGAAAUAUAAUAGCUGAGCAUGGUGGGGAGGCACAUUACAGCUGCUCAGUGGCCAACCCAACAGGUGUGCUGCAGGUCACAUGGCAGAGGAUUGGCAAAGAUGGGCCGAUACAGAACCUGGCAACCUACACCCAGCGGUUUGGACAACAAGUCAAAGAGCCUUACCGUGGGAAAGUGAACUUUACAGAAGCGUCCCUCAACUCGACCUCCAUCAGUCUGAGCAACGUUUCGUGGCAGGACGAGAGCUGCUACAUCUGCACAUUUCACGUGUAUCCCGAUGGCUCCAAACGACAGCAGACUUGUCUCAGCGUGCAAGGAAUAUCCUCGGUGGACACGGCAUAUGUUUCCAGAAAUGCAUCUGAGGGAGACGACGUGGAGGUCGAGUUCAGCUGCUCUGCCACAGGUAAACCAGCUCCGACCAUUGAAUGGGACGUUUCACCCGGUGCUGCCCACGUGUACCAAUCACAGACUGAGACAGUAACAGACAGUGACCACACGUUCACCAGCAGCCACAACAUCACUCUGCAAGUACCUGCGAGCUGGAGUGGACACGUGGACUGUCUGCUGAACAGAGGACAGAGGGGGCAGAGGCGGGAGAGGAUCCCCUUCACUGUUGGUCCUCAGCAUCCGAAGAAAAAGAAUGGCAUAAUCCCUGCUCUUUGGAUUUGCUCCAUCAUUGCUGUUGUUGUUGUUGUUGUUGUCAUCAUAAUGAGAAAAAGGUUGAUGCAUAAAGGAAGAAACCAGACUUUGAAGAAAAAGGAGCAUGAGGCAGAUUGUGUAUGUGGACAUUGUCUUUUAGACGUUUAGACGCAUCCAUGUAGCAAACCAAGAGGUGACUGCCUGUUGAAUUGUUAUUUAUGUUUCACUUCAGGGCUCAGCACUUUCAUUUUAUGUAUGUAGCAUGAGACAGAAAGCUUGUUGACGUUGUGUUGAAUGUAAAAAUAUAAGAGAAAAGACUAAUGUUUGGAAAAGAAGCCUGAGCUUGUGAAUCCUGAUUGUAUCCACUCCCACUGCAGGCAAAAGUCAGAUGUUAGAUGUUGAUGAUGAAGUGAGAGCUGAUCAAGAUGUUUCCAGAGAUAAAUUCAGGAUGUAUUUUAUCGUCACGAGUGAACAUAUGAAAAUAACAAUGUGAUCAGAUAUCUUAGGACGGAUCUUAAUACCAGGUCUGAACAGGGCCUACGUGUGUAUGAUGUGUCUGUGAGGAUGCUGGAUGUUUGCUCUUAAACUUUACUGUUAUUCAUGUGUAUGCACUAUUUGCACUUUGCUUAUGUUUUUGAUCCAUUUGAAUUUUGGAUUGAUGGUUUGGGAUCAUUAUCAUUUUUUGUCUUUUGCCUUGGGACCCAAAGUCCAUUGAGACACUCCUGAGUAAAGUGAAAGCCUUUGUGAAAAGACAAAUAUGUAGUUAACUUCAGUACACGUCACUUUCUGCAAGCCUGUGCAAUAACAAGUUGCUUCAUGCAAAUCUAACCUGACCCAUCUACUGAUAGAAAUCAAGAGAGAACUCAGAAAUGUCCUGAAUCAAUCUAUAUUUGUAUGAAUCUGUAGAGUUUAAAUGAGACAUUAUAUAUAACAAAAUAUAUAUUUGUUUUAAAUAUUUAUUUUGAUUGUUAACUGUAUUUUUCUUGUGAUCUUGCACAGAUCGUCAUUUGUGUUAUUUCUUACUCACAUACCUAGAAUGCACAUGUAUUGUAUGGUCGUGAUUGUUUAUGUGUGUGUGCAUUCAUAUGUAAAUGGUCAAUUAAAACAUUAUGCUGUA